GUGAGAACAGGGGGUUGCAGUGAUCUGCCCAGAGCUGUCUAUCAGGAUCUGCAGACUUGAGCUGUGGUGAUCGGCGCAGACAGAUCCGGAAUCGCGCUUCCCGGACUCUUCAGAGCAGCUCCUAGAAGUGAAAGCAGAGUCAGCUGUAAUGACUCACUGCCCACCAUAAAGGCUCCCACAGCCCUGCCUUUCCUGGAUACAGCUUUGUGCCCUGAAGAAGGACAGUCCACUUGUGUGACAGCACUUUGUGAGCAACCCCAACUGUUCCUGAACAGAGCAAACUUACGGACCUCCUUCUGAUGACCAACGUGAGUUUUGAGCGAUUCUAUCGGCAACUUAAAUCUCCACCUUCCCGUUCAUUCCAGCUGGUAGCGACGCUUGUAAUGCGAAAAGAUCUCGAUUCAAGAUCACACAAACUUUCCUCUUAAAACUUUCUAGAUGAUUGUAGUUGCUUUGGCUGUGUUCUACGCUAGCAGAAGCCUUUUCCAAGGUUUGCUGUUGACUCUAGAGCACCACGUUCCCCGUUUGCUGGGAGCCUUGGGGGCUGGAAACAUGGGAAACUCGUGCGUUUGCCGCGACGACAGCGGAGCAGAGGACAACGCGGAAUCUCAGGGCCGGCAAACGGAGAACAGCAGAGCACACAUCCCCGAGGCAAGAAGCCACCCAAGGGACCCUGUCCGUCCACCCAGGAGGGGUCGAGGGCCUCACGAGCCAAGGAGGAAAAAACAGAAUGUGGACGGGCUGGUGCUUGACACACUGGCUGUAAUUCGGACGUUGGUAGAUAAUGACCAGGAGCCUCCUUAUUCAAUGAUCACGUUGCAUGAAAUGGCAGAAACAGAUGAAGGCUGGUUGGAAGUUGUCCAAUCUUUAAUUAGAGUUAUUCCAUUAGAAGAUCCCCUGGGACCAGCUGUUAUAACGCUACUACUUGAUGAAUGUCCACUGCCAACAAAAGAUGCAUUACAAAAGUUAACAGAAAUCUUGAACUUAAGUGGAGCUGCUGCUUGCCAGGAUGCCUGUCACCCUGCCAAGCACCGGAACACCACUGCAGUGCUCGGCUGCUUAGCAGAGAAGUUGGCAGGUCCCGCGAGCAUCGGCUUACUCAGCCCAGGAAUAUUGGAAUAUUUACUUCAGAGCUUGAACUUCCAGUCCCACCCGACAGUGAUGCUUUUUGCACUAAUAGCACUGGAGAAGUUUGCACAAACAAGUGAAAAUAAAAUGACAGUUUCUGAAUCGUGCAUCAGUGACCAACUGAUCUUGCUUGAGAAAUGGACAGAUAAUCCAGACUACUUAAAACGCCAGGUUGGAUUCUGUGCCCAGUGGAGUUUAGACAAUCUGUUUUUAAAAGAAGGCAGGCAGUUUACAUAUGAGAAGGUUGACUUGACCAACAUUAGGGCUAUGCUGAACAGUAACGAUGUCAGUGAAUACCUGAAGAUCUCACCACAUGGAUUAGAGGCUCGAUGUGACGCCUCGUCCUUCGAAAGCGUCCGGUGCACGUUCUGCGUCGAUUCCGGGGUCUGGUACUAUGAAGUCACAGUCAUCACUUCGGGAGUGAUGCAAAUAGGAUGGGCCACCAAAGACAGUAAAUUUCUCAACCAUGAAGGUUAUGGCAUCGGGGACGACGAAUACUCCUGUGCCUACGAUGGCUGCCGGCAGCUGAUCUGGUACAAUGCCAGAAGCAAACCACAUUCCCAUCCCUGCUGGAAGGAAGGAGACACAAUAGGAUUUCUACUAGACUUGCAAGAAAAGCAAAUGAUCUUCUAUUUAAAUGGAAACCAGCUUCCUGCUGAGAAGCAAGUAUUUUCAUCUGCUGUGUCUGGCUUUUUUGCUGCAGCCAGUUUCAUGUCCUAUCAGCAAUGUGAGUUCAACUUCGGGGCAAAACCCUUCAAGUACCCACCAUCCAUGAAGUUUAGUACCUUCAAUGAUUAUGCCUUUCUGACAGCAGAAGAGAAAAUCAUUUUGCCCAGACACAGGCGCCUGGCUUUGUUGAAGCAAGUGAGCAUCCGAGAGAACUGCUGCACACUUUGCUGUGAUGAGGUAGCAGACACAGAACUCAGGCCGUGUGGACACAGUGACCUGUGCAUGGAGUGUGCCUUGCAACUGGAGACCUGCCCUUUGUGUCGACAGGAAAUACAAACCCGAGUCAGACAGAUCUCUCACAUUUCAUGACACACGUGGAGAAAUGCCACAGACUUGUUUUCAGUGAACACCAACCAAUACUGAAAGGGGAAAGCAUCUCUAACCAGUCUUUAUGCACAUAGAACCAUAGCCACGGCCAGAUUUCAUGCUAACCUGUUAAUCUGUUUAUCUUAAAACCGAAAUCUUUAAUAAGCUAUUUCCAGUUGCCAGCAAUGGGAGCUGGUUUCAGCAGUAAGGAGAGCUGCUAGGUCAGCGUGCUGUGGCUGUUGGUUCCUCUGAAGAGCAGAGGGGAGUGUCUCUUCUUCCCCCUUUCCUUCUCGCCUGUCACAAGUGCUGAAAAAGUUUGCACUGGAAGUACACGUACAAUGCAUUUUAGAAAAGAAGAGAAAAUAAGUAUCUCCUAAAACAGGGCCGUGCUGUCUUGUGCUCGAAAGUCUCUAUUUUUGGCAGAAGUCAGUACUAAAAACAGAAUGCCAAUGUUUUCCUGUUUAAUGUAGCCUCCUGCUGGUCAGAGACUCUGUUUUCCAACAGUGGAUCUUGAACUGCUCAGAGACUGAAUCUGUACACAGACUCAUUUGAAAAGACAGUGUGGAGACUGUAGAGAAACUCACAGGUUUUAAUAACUUGGUGAUUCCAAAGAAUGUUCUGAUUUGUUUUUAAAUGUUAAAAGAUCGGUGGUAUUUUCAAGUACAUAACGUUUCUGAUGCUUUUAACUUCAGUACCCACGUUUUUUUGUGAGGUUAUAAUUUUCGGGAGGUAUUCUUAACUAAUUAUAAUGCUGGACUGGAAUUAAUUUGAUAUUCUGGGUAUUUUUUAAGGUAUCAUUGAACAUCUUUUUUAAUCAGUGUUGUUUUUGAAAGUUAUAUUCACUUUGGAAAAAUUGAGCUAUCUUAAAAUAUUAGAGGAUAAUUUUGGGCCAGUUUAUUUAAAAAAGGUUAUUUGGGUACCAAUUUCAGUCUUAUUCUGUAACUCCUUAAAAAUGCACCUUGCUUGCCACGUGUCAGUCCUGCUCUGAGCAGGUUUGGGGCCACACUUCUUAUUUUUGGUAGGGAUCAUACAGUGGGAAGCUCUGCUCCACUUUAAUUACACAUUUGUGAUGUUUGUAUGUUAAGGAUGCAUUUCAGCAGGCAGCUCUUGACUGGUUUACUAGGUUUCUACAAGGAAUCAGGGUUCACAGCUGGGGUCAGUGAAGUAGCACAAAAAUCAGUGGAGUUCUGCUUAUUUUGCACCAACUGAGGAUACGACUCGGUCUCUUCCAAGACUUGCACAGUUUGAUUUUUUUUUUAAUUAUUUUUUUUUUAAAUUGUCUGUCUGUGAAGUGGAACUUUACUAAUUCACACACAACUCACAGCAAAACCAUCCCACUUCUUGGCAGCGAUUCAACAGCAGAAGCUGUUGUGAAUUCCAUGCUGCAAUGUAGCUUAUUUUUAAAGUCAUUUAUUAUCUUUAUUGUACUAUCAAAUAUUAACAAAGCAGAGCUGAGGCUUCUUCCUGCUGAGCAUUCUGGCUUCCUACUGACCUGAGCUCUGCACACAGGUCACAGGAUCCAGCUCUCUAGCAACUUCUUUCACCUUCUGCCUUUGCUAACUCAAGGGUGCUGAACUUCAUCCAGAGAUGUGUGAAUUAGGAAAGUUCUGUCCAUCGUUUUCUUGUUGACUUUUGUCCAAAUACAGACUGAAUCCAGAAGUGGUGUGCUGGUUAGUGUUUUUGCUAAAGUGUGAAUUCUCUUCCACCUUGGAUGGAAGGUUUGAUUAAAGUCAGACUGGCGAAUCUGCCACGGGGACCUCAUUUCCUCACUGACUGUACUUUGUAAUGUUUUGCUGUAAUCCACGUGUCCAGUCAGGGCUGAGUCCCUUCCUGCUCGGUGCUCAAUGAGCAAACGUGACCACCAUCACUGCCACGAGGGUGUCAGUGUUUCAGAAUCACUUUAAGUGCUUCCAAAUGCAAUGAUUGGUUUUUUAUCCCUAAGGUACAAAGACAGAAACUGUACUUUAGGGGAAGAGUGGGACAGAACCAUUUUGAACUCUGCCUUAAUAGAUUCUAGUAACUUCAGGGCUUUGGUUUCCCUGGCCAGGAUUAACUGAGGUAAAAUUUUCAGAAGUGCCUAGGACUCCUAAUUCGUAUCAGCUGCUGUAUGAGAUUAAGCUCUUAAGGCCCAGGUCCACAAUGGCUUCGAGGCAUCUGCUGUCCUCUUGAAAUGGGGGGUGGCCUUAGAGCCUUGCUGCCUUUGUGGACACGGGACUAAGUGCCUGUGUUUAUCGAAAAGAUGUUAACGCUUUGAAAAUUUUGCCCCAGACCGUCUUCCGUGCAGCUGGUGCUGGGCAGAGGAAGCCAACGGUGGCAGAGGAGGGGGAGAGCUGUGUUGCAGAGAACUGUCCUGUUCAUUUCACAAAGGGAAAGACUGUACACUUUGACUGGCUUUCUACCGCCAUCCGCGCCGGGGGCAUCUUUAGUCCAGCUCGAUACUCCACGACCGGUGCAGCGUCCCCCUCACUCCCUGAGGAUGGGGAUGGGAGGCGGCAACGACUCCACAGGCCCUUAGAAGGGGAAACGAAUUGUAGCAAAGUUGUCCAUUCAACAAUAAAAAACAUCUUGAAGGCU